GCUGCCACUGCGCACAGAGGAAAGCGCCUCCUCUCACCGGGACCCUUCGGGUUCCUUUCUGCUACGCUCGGGUCGAACCGAGGACGCAAAGGGGAGAGACUCCGGUGCUUCUCAUCAUCUCCAGAAGCGGAACCGCUGCGCGCGUUUAUCCGCCACCUUUACACAAGGGACAGACCGAAGCUGACCUCCUGGGAGCGAGAGGGAUGUCCACACAAAGCAGAACAAAAGCCUCCAAAGAGGAAGCGGACAAAAAGCGUGUGCUCAAUUUUUGGAAAGCGCAGGACCCCAAAACCGUCACGUCAGCAGAGGUACGACCCACGGCCCACCUGAACACCCCGUCUCAAAACCCAGACGCCGCCGUCUCUGCGUCGGUGGAUCCAACAAUGACAACCAACAAUGGCCACCCGCAACAGCUCCCCCUCCCUCAGUCGUACAGGGAACACAGCCCCUCCCGUCAGAGGGGCUCUGUUCACCAGCAUCCCCCCCUGCUGGUGAGAAACACGGGCCAAACAGGCUAUGUACCAUGGGGACACCGGGACUUGGAGACCCUGGUAGCUUCUUUACCACCCCUUAAGAGGGGUGCGAACCUCUGGGUUCGACGGAUGGAAGAGCUCACGGCGAACGACCGACUGUCGCUCGGAGAAGUGCGCGCCUUGCUGGUCCGCGCCGAAGGGACGGCUAAGCUCGCCCAAGUAGAAGCCAUGGCCGACACCGCCCACAGAGCCGACGCAGAUUCUUUUAAUUCCCACCGAGGAAGGUUCUGGCAGGCCCUACGAGACAUCUGGCCUACUAAACUAGACACGUCCGCCCUCAUCGGGAUGGAGAAAAAAGCGGGGGAGGAAAUGUAUCUGUACCUGCAAAGAGCAGAGGAAGGCUGGCACGAACACACGGGAGGGAGACACGACCGCGAUGAAGGCACCACUUGGCUCUGGCGUCGCAGGGUGCAAGAAGGUUUGCCGCAACCGGUGCAGGCCGCUCUAAAGGAAGUGGUGGGACUGGGCGACAUGGAGGAUGCCAUGUGGAGAGCGCACCUCGUUCAUCAUGACCAAAGACACUGGGCGAAGAAAGCAAGCAGCGAAGAAGAAAUAAGGAUGCUGACACUACAACUGCUGAGAUUGCAGGUAGCCCAAGCCAAUGAAAAGAAACAAGAGGCCAAAAUGCAGAAGAGAGCAACAGAGGCCAAAGCGCCACAACAGGCCCCAAACACCCAGCCAGGAGCACCUGCAGACCCGUAUCAGCCUUACCCAGUGGCCCCCGCCCAGCCAGAGUUUCGCUACCAAUGGGGGUACGGGCCAUCACAUGACCCAGGAAGCAGAGAGAACUGCUACACAUGCGGCCAGAAAGGACACUGGUCCAGAACCUGCCCCAGAAGAUGAGGAGGAGGAAUCCGUCCUGACCAACAAGAUCAACAAUUAUACCACAACCGGUUGAAUAAUUCAGGGGAAAUCAUCUUUUGAAAUUUUUAUUAGUAUUUUCUUUUCCCUUUUAAGGGUAAUUUUGUUUCUUUCAGAACAAUUUAAUGCUAAAUAUGUUGCACAUAGAGGACAUUUGUUUUGUCGUGACGGUGCAAACAAAAAGUGAUAGACAAAGAUGCACAUGUGCAAGAGACGGGAAUAGUCAUGGAAGGAAGACUUGAAUCAGUCUGCCCUUUUUAUACCAGUCCACUUGUUUACUUGUUGUUUUGAUUUAUUUGUUUUUUACCUUUUGUAUUUUUUUACGGUUUUAUUCAAAAAUUUUGUAUCUUUUUUAGUCUUUGUGAUCGUACACACGUCUCUUACAGUGAUAUAUUGUUGAUUUUACAGUUUAGCUACCUGUUUAGUUUACCCUAUUCUACUACUAGUACUCACUAUAAAUAGAGUAUUGAAUCGUAACAGCGUUCCAAAGAGCCGUAAAUUGCUUUUCUUUUCAGUCAUUACGUGUGUUGCGCAACAGCUGAGCGCGGAGGAAGCUGACUGUUAAAAGUCCAUAUAAGGUCAUCACGGUCAUGUGGUUGAAUAUCAGGUAAGGGGCGUGGCUUGCGGAUGUAAGGAGGAGCCAGGCCGGAGAGGCAAAGGAGCCGGAUGUAUGCCAUAGAGCUUCUUGGGAUGGUCAGACCUCUGGGAACUCAACAAGCAAACUGUUUCAUUAGGUGAUUGAAUAUUAUAUUUGUUAUUCGCACUGUGCCUGUACUGGGUUUUGUUUUGGAGUCUUUUUAAUGAAAUAAAAGCUGAUU